GCGGUCCCAGCCACCGAGACUGGAACGCCCACCCUCCAUUCCUCUGCACCCGGCCCCAAUCUGUUUGCGUGGCCAGGCAACGCCGACCUCACCCAUAUCCGCGACGAGAUUCCUAAGGAAACUGCAUUUCUACUAUUCGGCAUCCCACUAGGAAAAAAGGGUGAGAAACAGAGCCGCCGCCUCCAGUUGCGCGACAGGCAGUGAUGGCUCUGCACAGGACCCAGUGCUUGCUUCUGCUCCUGGUGCUGACCCUGCUGGGGUUAGGUCUUGUGCAGCCCUCCUACGGCCAGAAUCAAAUGUACCAGCGGUUCCUUCGACAGCAUGUUGACCCUCAGGACACAGGUGGCAAUGACAACUACUGCAACUUGAUGAUGCAGAGACGGAAGAUGACUUCUCGUCAGUGCAAACACUUCAACACCUUCAUCCACGAAGACAUCUGGAACAUUCGUGGCAUCUGCAGUACCACCAAUAUCCAGUGCAAGAACGGCAGGAUGAACUGUCAUGAGGGUGUAGUGAAGGUCACAGACUGCAGAGAGACAGGGGGCUCUAGGUUUCCCAACUGUAGAUACAGGGCAAGUACCAGCACUAGGAGAGUUGUCAUUGCCUGUGAGGGUAACCCAGAGGUCCCUGUGCACUUUGACAGAUAGAUAACCAUCCCACAGCUGCUACAGUAGUGACUGGUGAUUGGCCUCAGAGUCAGUGAGAAUAGCAGUGAUGUAUUGGAAAGCCUCAGACUUUGUUUCCAUUGCUUAUGCCUUACACCCAUAUAUACCCAAUAUAACCCAUUGUGUUAAGUACAUCAUGACCAGAGAAGGAAACCUCUCCUGGUAGCCUGGCUCUCCCAGAUUCUAGCCUCUGAAUGUGUGCAUUACAUGUAUUUACACAGUAUUUCAACUAUUACAAAGUACCUUUUUGUCCAAGGUGUCUCAUUCCAAUGCCCUAGCUACCCCCUGAUACCAAUUCUGCUACUUUGUUCGGAAGCCUAGAGUUAAAGGAUUUGAAGACCCUGAAAACAGUGGAAGAUCUCAGACUAAAUCCAACUGAACGGGAACUCACAUAGGGCUUUACCUACUCCAUUAUGUGUGUUUUCUGAUAUUUCUAAAUGUCAUCCUUAAUGAAACCACUAAGAAUUUGGGGGAAAAGAGAAUUUGGAAAUAACUUGCUGGUAAAGCGAGAACUUUGAGUUACUUGGCAUUAUUAUGGUUUGUUGCUCCCAAGCUUUUUAAAAAGCUAUAUAAAAAAUAUAUUAGAUUACCGAGAUUCUUUUACCCCCCCCUUAACUAAAAGAUAUUCCACAUUCUCAUUAUAAUAAAGAGCUGUCUGUUGAA